CCAAUUGUUUGUAGCCGAGGCCCGGAAGCAUCUUUCAGUCUUGAAAGUUCCAUUCCCCUCUUCCCACAGUGACGCUUUGAACAUUUCGAGGGUUCCAUUCGGCAAUGGACGAUUAUACAGAUCAGGAGAAAAUGGAGGAAUCGGCGAUCCAGUACGAUGGCUCCUCUACGGUUCUCGACCUCACUAGUUAUCAGCUCCACAGUCUUGAAUCCAUUGAUAUCCCUUUCAAUUUGACUGAGCUAGAUCUAACUGCCAAUCGCUUGACGGUCUUGGAUUCUCGCAUUGGCCUUCUUUCCAACCUCAAAAAGCUCUCUCUGCGCCAAAACCUUCUCGAUGACGCUGGCGUUGACAUGAUCUCCGGCUGGGAUGCCAUUUCGGGCCUCGAAGAGUUAGUGCUCAGAGAUAACAAGCUAACUAAAAUACCCGAUGUCAGCAUAUUUAAGAAACUUUUGGUGUUUGAUGUUUCUUUCAAUGAAAUUUCUUCAUUGAAUGGACUGGCCAAGGUCUCCAACACACUCAAGGAGCUAUAUGUUUCAAAAAAUGAAGUGACUACGAUGGAAGAGAUUGACCACUUUCAUGAACUGCAGAUUCUUGAACUUGGUUCCAACAGAUUACGGGUAAUGGAGAAUUUGCAAACUUUAACAAAAUUAAAGGAGCUGUGGCUGGGUCGAAACCGGAUCAGAGUAGUAAAUCUUUGUGGGCUGAAAUGCAUUGAAAAGAUUAGCUUGCAGAGCAAUCGUUUAACUUCUAUGAAAGGGUUUGAAGAUUGUGUUGCUUUGGAAGAACUCUACUUGAGUCAUAAUGGUAUAGCAAAAAUGGAAGGCCUGUCAACCUUAGUGAAUCUCCGUGUUUUGGAUGCAUCGUCAAAUAAGCUAACAGCAGUGGAUGACAUCGAAAAUCUUACCCAGUUAGAAGAUUUGUGGCUCAAUGAUAACCAAAUAACGUCUCUUGAAGGCAUUGCUGAGGCUGUGGCUGGUUCAAGGGAGAAGCUCACCACUAUCUACCUUGAGAACAAUCCAUGCGCAAAAAAUUCUCCAAACUACUCUGCUACUCUGAAACAAAUCUUCCCUAAUCUUCAGCAGAUUGAUUCAGCUGUAUUUGGUUAGAAGUUCCUGUGGCUCUAUAUUUUAAUCUUGUCUGAAGACAUCUGAAGCUGAAAGCCCCAGAAAGCUGUCGUUUAUAUGAAUGUAAUGUCUCUUAAUCAUGCACGUGCCCUUGGUGAUUCUAGCAAUGACCCUUGACUUAGAAAUUUACUGUUGAUAUGCAGUGUGUUUGAGUUCUGACAAGAUUGGUUUGCAGGGCAAAUUUGUAGUUCAGGAGGUAGCUGAAGGUAUGGUAGCUGUGAGGUAGCUGAAUGAAUGUUAGCCGUUUCAGAGGAAACUGUUGACAGGAGGCUGGAGCAAUGAAGUCUAAAUUGCCCAAGCAUGGGAUACUGAUUAAUAAAGAGUUAUCCUAACAUAAAUUUUGAAUAAUAAGUAUUAUUAGAUUCCCUUUCAAUGUUGUUUCUUCUCCUUGAAACACUUUUUGGGCUGGAGAUAUGCAUAGUGCCUUUUGAAGCAGCUUCUCUUCUUCUGUUGGUCAAGUUCUAGCGGAGUUUUCAGGAUAGAGGAAUGUUCUAAACUUCUACGCAUGAGUUUCGUGUCAAUUUUAUUUUUGUGGGGUUUAAGAUGA